AUGACCCAGGACUCGUUCAUCGCCAGCUUCACAGUCGAGGACCUCCGCUUCCCGACUUCGCUCACCGGCGACGGCACAGACGCCAACAACCGCGAGUGCGACUACUCGGCUGCGUACUGCACUCUCCGCACGAACCUCGGCGAGGUCGGAUACGGCUUGACCUUCACCAUUGGACGCGGAAAUGACAUCGUCUGCGCCGCCGUCGAGCAAGUCGCAGGCAAACUCAUGAACAUGAAGACCGCCGAACUCUUUUCCGCCCCUGGACUCGGCAGGAUGUGGAACUACCUCCUUUCGGACCCGCAGCUGCGGUGGAUCGGUCCAGAGAAGGGCGUCAUUCACAUUGCGACUGCCGCCGUCGUCAACGCCGUCUGGGAUAUGUACGCCCGUCACCUCAAGAAGCCCCUCUGGCAGGUCGUCGCCGAGUUCACGCCGGAAGAGUUCGUCGCCGCAACAACCUUCCGCUACAUCACCGACAUGAUUACGCCCGAAGAGGCGCUUGCGUUGCUGAAGGAGAAGGAGGCCGGCAAGGCAGAGAGGCUCGCGAAGCUCAAGGCUGAGGGAUACCCCGCCUACACCACUUCUGUCGGAUGGUUCGGAUACCCGGAUGAGAAGGUCGCUCGCCUCACUCGCGAGGCCAUCGCACAGGGCUUCAACCACUUCAAGAUGAAGGUCGGCGCCGACGUCGCAAUGGACCAGCGACGGCUCGCCCUCAUCCGCUCCAUCAUUGACGACCCGAAGGAGUGCGAGGGUCGACCCGUCCCUUCCGCCGAGAGCCUUGUCGGAAAGAACGCAGGACCUACAGGCUCGGUUCUGAUGAUCGACUCGAACCAGGUUUGGGAUGUCCGAGAGGCGAUCGACUACGUCAAGGCGCUCAAGGACGCGAACCCUUGGUUCAUCGAGGAGCCUACAGCACCUGAUGACAUCCUCGGACAUGCCGAGAUCCGCAAGCAGCUCAAGCCGUACAAGAUCGGCGUCGCAACGGGCGAGCAUGCGCACAACCGCAUGGUCUUCAAGCAGCUCCUCGCCGCGGAAGCGAUCGACGUCUGCCAAAUCGACUCGUGCCGUCUCGCCGGCGUCAACGAGAUCCUCGGCGUCCUGCUCAUGGCGGCGAAGAAGGGCGUGCCUGUCUGCCCGCAUGCUGGAGGUGUCGGACUAACGAACUACGUCGUCCACCUCUCCAUCAUCGACUACCUCUGCGUCUCGGGCACGAAGGAGCGGAAUGUCCUUGAAUACGUCGACCACUUGCACGAGCACUUCACCAACCCACCAACCAUCAACUCGCACGGCUACUACAACAUCCCCUCGGACCCGACAGAAGGCUACUCGAUCGGCAUGCACGAGGCGUCCAAGGCGGCGUACGUCUACCCGAACGGCUCGUACUGGACCAACGACCACGCCGCCGCGCGCCUCGUCGCCAUCAAGAACGGGUACAUCAAGGCGUAG